AUGAAUACAACUAUGUCGAGCGAGAGUGAUGCGGUAAAGGUGGAGGGAGGUCAUGUGUCCGUUACCACUAUCAGCAUGUCGGGCCCAGAGACCAGCAAUGGUCAAUUCUCGUAUAGCUCAAGCGGAGUACGCAUCAGCGUGUCUUCAGUACCUCACGAUGAAGACUCCACUGAUGCCGAAAUCUCCAAGAUCGACUUCACGCAGCAUCAAUACGAGGUCAACAUGCGGAAUAAAAAGAAGCGUUCAUCUAGUGGCGUUCAAUGUGACAGUCAAAGUAACGAACGCGAGCGCCCCAUGUCAUGGGAGGGCGAACUGUCCGAUUCCGAAAUGGUCAUCGACACCAGCGUCAACAACGAUGAGAACAGCAGUUCCAUUGACAUGCAGUCAUCUCGCGACUCCAUCGACACUCUCCGCAACGUCACCAUUAAAACUGAACCUCUUAAGCCGGAAGCCUUUCAGAGCUUAGACGAUCAAAGGGUAUUGGAUCUAAAAUACUCCACGCCGCUACAGUCGCAUCAACGGAGCCUCAGUAUGAAUAGGAUAUCAGUUCUGACAGACAACACGUCCCUUUCACUCUCUCGGCGGCCUUCGUCUCCUACAAACAGCGCCAAGUCUCUGGUUCUGAACGACCAGACCACAUUGCCGCUGAUGACGCCCAACGUGGUUGGAGAGGCACAGAACUUGACUAUAAAGAAAGAAACUCAAUUAUCAGAGUUAAAAUGCGAAGCGGGUAUGGGUAUGGAAAAGAUACUGGGGCUGCACGGAUCGCCUCUGCUUGGGCGACUUCCCCGCGUGCAGUCCAGCGCCAGCACCGACUCUGCUGUGCACUCUAUGUACACGCAUAGUGUGUACAGCAGUCCGUCUGCGAGUCCGCGCCCGGCGCGUCACUACACGCCGUCCUUGUCGCGCAACAACAGCGACGCCUCGCACUCUUCCUGUUACUCCUACAGCUCCGAGUUCUCGCCCACGCACUCGCCCGUACAGAGUCGGCAGCCACACGUGGUGUACCGCGAGGCGUCGGCAGUAUUCCCCGCGUCGCCGGCGCACGACGAGGACGCUGACGCGGCCGACGAGCGGCUGCACCACCACCAGGGCAUCAGUAGACAACAGCUAAUCAACAGUCCGUGCCCAAUAUGCGGGGACAAGAUCAGCGGUUUCCACUACGGGAUAUUCUCGUGUGAGUCGUGCAAGGGCUUCUUUAAGCGAACCGUGCAAAACAGAAAGAAUUACAUGUGCCUCCGCGGCGGCAACUGUCCCGUCACUGUAGCUACGCGCAAAAAGUGUCCUGCAUGCCGUUUCGACAAAUGCCUCGGGUGCGGGAUGAAGCUUGAAGCGAUACGCGAGGAUCGGACUCGAGGCGGUCGCUCUACGUACCAGUGUUCGUACUCUUUGUCGGGCGCCGCGUCCACUGGCUCGCUGCUGUCCGCGCACGUGCCCACUACACUACGGCACGCGUCCAGCCUCACCUGCGUGAACGGUCCAGGGUCAUACAGCAGUAGAGGAGAACCCAGCAACAGUCGACUGACACCCGACAUUCCACCAUUAUUGCAGGAGAUAAUGGACGUGGAGCACCUGUGGCAGUACAAUGAGUCGGAGCUGAGCCGUUUGGGCAAGUCUUCCGGCGGCGCCAACCCUCUACUAGCGGCGAGCGGCAUCAACCCGCACACCUCCAGUGCGGACCUGCUGGCUGACUUGUGCCACAUCGCAGACCAUCGCCUCUAUAAGAUCGUCAAGUGGUGUAAGAGCCUGCCGCUCUUCAAGAACAUAUCCAUCGACGACCAGAUCUGCCUGCUGAUCAACAGUUGGUGCGAGCUGCUGGUGCUGUCGUGCUGCUACCGCGGAGUCAGCACGCCCGGGGAAGUGCGCGUGGGAGGCGGGCGCGGCAUUACACUGCAUCAAAGUGCUAAGUUCGGUUUGACGCCGUGUAUAGAACGCAUGCUGAGCUUCACCGACCACUUGCGGAGGUUGCGGGUCGAUCGAUAUGAGUACGUCGCGCUCAAAGUUAUCGUACUGCUCACUUCAGACGCACCCGAACUGCGUGAAGCGGAGAAAGUACGAGCGUCCCAAGAGAAAGCGUUGGCGGCUUUGCAAGCGUACACCGCCGCGCACUCGCCAGACACUCCUGCGAAGUUCGGGGAGCUGCUUUUGCGUAUACCCGAGCUACAACGAACAUGCCAGUUCUUCAUGCAAGUUGGUAAAGAAAUGCUCAACCCCGCGAACAAGAGUAAGGACGGUGACGGUCCAAGCUUCAAUCUCCUGAUGGAAUUACUGAGGGGCGAUCACUGA